UUCCUGCACCCGGGCGGGUGGUGCGGGUGGCACUUCCUCUCCUUCCUGCCAGCGGCGUACAUGAGGGCUGUGCCCGUCUAUGUGCCAGUCUACCUCGUCUCUGCACUGCUCGUGCACCGCUCCUCCCUCCUUCGCCAGCCUCUGUCCAUAGCACUGCGCACGGCUCUGGGAGCAGCGCGCUCCUCGCUCUUCCUUUCCACCUACUGCGGCGCUGCCUGGUUCUGGACGUGCAACAUUCACCAGUUGGUUGGCAAGUGCACGCGGGCAACCAUGGCUGGUGGCGCGUUCCUGUGCGGGCUGGCAGUGCUGCUCGAGAAGAAGUCGCGACGCAUGGAGCUGGCGCUCUACUGCUUCUCGCGCGCCAUCGAGUCCUUCUUCAUCUGCCUCGCCUCCUGGGGCGUCCUCCCGCCCCUCUCCUCCCUCGCCCUCUUCCCCGCCCUCGCCAAGCGCUACCUCUCCGCCAAGCCUGCUGCCGGAGCACCCGCAGCUGCCAUAGGGGCGGGAGGUGCGGGAACAGGCAGCAGAGCAACAUCAGGAGGGUGCAGGGGGGGAGGGAUCGUGAAGGAGUCGCUAAGCGGAGUUCUCCCAGUGGCGGCAGCGGUGCUGCAGCCGCACGCUCUCCUAGACGUGGCGUUACUGGCAGCAGCAGCGGGGGUGAUCAUGCAGUGCUACCAGAGCGAGAGGGACGUGUUCCGCUCCAAGUACCUCAACGUACUGGACUGGAUCUUUGGAGUGCCCAAGGGGCAGAAGGCUGCCUCUGAGCUCUACCGCCGUCGCUCCCCUCAGGUGCACGCGCUGGAGCAUGCCAAGCCGCGCUCGCUGUCGCUCCCGGCCUUCUCCCUGCCCGCUUCUGCUGCUGAUGCUGCUGCUGGUGGUGUGGCUUCUGGUGCUGCUGCGGCUGCCUCUGGCGCCUCUCGUGCCUUUGCUGGGAUUUUGCCGCCUGCCAACCUGCCUCGUCCUGGUGCUGCUGCUGCUGCUGCUGCUGGCUCUGCUCCUGGCUCUGGCAAUCUGUUGGAUGGUAGUGCGGCUGGUGAACGGCAGCGGCAGUGCAACGGGACUGUGAGUGCUGACAGAGUCAAGUGA